CUUGCUACGUGUGCCUCACUCCUCGCUCUCCCUUGCGUUUGCUCUUAAGCAGCUCUCUUCCAUUCCUCCCCUUCCACCAACAUAACCCACCUAAAACAGCAACGAAUUAAGAUGGCCGAGCACGGAAUCAGCGGCACCACCAUCCUCUACGCCACGCUCUCCGGCCUCGCCAUUGGAGGCCCAUUACUCGGUAUGAUGGCCUCCACUCUCUUAGCCUCCCUAACUCUCCUCCUCGCAGCUUCCCCUUUUCUACUGCUCUUCAGCCCCAUAAUCCUCCCAGCGGCCUUCAUGGUUGCCGCUUCGAUGGCUGGCUUCGGCUUGGCCGCGGCCUUGGUUGUCGUCGGGAUCUCAGCCUUGAUGCUGGCUCUCCGUUAUGCCCGAAGGGGCGCGCCCGGGGCGAUCAGCUGGAUGAUGGAGACCUUGACGGAGUCAAGGCAGAGAGUGAAGGAAGAAUGGGUGGACCAUGGAGGGUGCAUGCAGCAUACUGUUGAGGUGCUUCCAUCUGAGGAUGAGAACGUGGUGAAUAGAGAAUAAAUUGAUAGCAUUAGAAGUUGGUGGAAGUUGAUAAGUUAGAGGCUUUGUUGGAUGUUUCUGUUCUACUGUAACAGCCAGUGUUUGAUGUUUCUAGUGUAGCAGAUUGAGCAUAUAGCAGUAGCGCAGGCUUAACAUUGUAUUAGCUAUCUAUGGACUGGCCGUGUUAAGGGCUGCGUGCAAAGAAUUUAGAUCUGUGGAUAUGUCUUUGAUGCAUUUCUGCCCAAAGAACACAAAAGAAAUUGUCAUAAUAAACUAUCACAAUCCAAGACAUCAUCCAAAAAGAUUAGCGGAAAA